GUUUCUGUUACAUAUUGACAAGCAUAUGUGGCAGUAUACCUUCCACUCCUGUAGGCUGUAGUUUUGCCUGUGCGAUAUCUCUCAGCUCUGACAAUGCACGCAAUUCGGAAGGUUUGCCAGCCGCAGAAUGGUUCCGGCAUUGGUAAUACGGACGAAGCUGGGCGAGAAUCACGUCGUCUUCGCCUGUGUCUGGCCACGAUGGCGACAACACCGCUAGACUAUUUGCGGUCUUCGACCGACCGCGGGCCGAACGAACCCAAUCAACGCGCUCUGGUUGGCGGAUUUGAAGCAAUGGCUGGGAUGUUCCAGGUCACGGGACUCACGCGACGCCACCCUCCGAAGCUUGGCAGGCUUCUCAAUCGUUAUGUUCCCUAUCCUCGAUGGCAUCUUAUACCCCGCCCGGUGGCCCAUUUCUUAGGUCAUAGGACACAACCACCAAAAAAACCCGGCAAUGUUCUGGUCAUGCUCUGGUCCAUUGUUGGUGUGUUCUGCGGGCUGGCCAUUGUUGCUGCAGUAACAAAAAAUAUUCCCCGUUUCCAAGCACAUGGUUCUUUUACCAUGAUUAGCAGCUUCGGUGCUACUGCCGUACUUGAAUACUGCUCCAUAGAUUCCCCACUCGCACAACCUCGAAAUGCUUUUCUAGGCCAAAUAAUCGCAUCAGUCAUAGGGGCCGGGAUCGCGAAAUUGUUUGCCUUGCAUCCUCAUGCAGAAUCUUGGUUCUGGCUUGGUGGGCCGGUGGCAUGUGCAGUCGCUGUUGCGGCCAUGAUAUUCAGCAAAACGAUACAUCCACCUGCCGGAGCCACUGCGUUGAUGGCAUGCAUAGAUCCGGGAACCAGACGCCUGGGAUGGCUGCUCAUUCCUCUUGUGAUGCUUAGUUCUUCGCUUAUUCUGGCCACAGCCCUUCUGCUAAACAACAUCCAAAGGAGGUUCCCCUUGUACUGGUGGACGCCGGAAAAUCUUCGUCCAGCCGAGAGCCAGAGAAGGACCUAG